AUGGCGUCCGAUCGCUCGUGGCGCGAGCAGUUGCAUCAGCGCUAUGGUGAUCAAAGCAACCAUAGUGCGAUUGCUGGACCGGAUGUAGUCAUGUCUGCAAAGCGUAAGCGCGAUCAGAUGCGGCGUGACGCCGCACAACAGCUCCACGUACAAGAAUCGGACGACUUUAUUCCUCUGGAUGCGCCGCGCCCCAUGCCCAGUCAGGCCCUAGAGCGCCUGGAUGCAUUCGAAGAUGAGCCGCAUCCAGAGUCACGUCUCCUUCGUGAAGAAGAUGAGGUAGGCAGUGGCGAAGAUGAGUUUGCCGAAUUUACGGGCGCCACUGAACGCAUCCCGCUAGGCCGGCAGGCAGAUCGUAAGAAGAAAAUGGAGCGACGACGCCAUAUGAAGAGCCUUAUUGCCUCGGUGGAGGGUCCUGACGCUAGGGAUACCGACGACGAGGACGAUAUCGCGAUUGUCGUACGCAAGCCACGAACAACAUCUGCCAGGUCAGCCGCUGGACCGACCUCCGCGUCGACCCAUAUCUACGACGAGGAUGCCUUUGAGAUGCGGGUCGAUGCACUACCUGCACAGGCUGAUGCAGAUCAAGAGAAUAUGGACGAGGAAAGGGAGGCCCAGGACGCAUGGGAACGUGCUCAGCUGAGUCGCAUGGACGGCGGGGCGCGGCCGAGUCGGCCGGACGCCGAGGCUGAGCUCCGAGAAGCACAUGUGCCUGCUACUGUACCGCGCGUAUCUGCUCUGCCUACGCCCACCUCCUGCUUGGCGCGUCUAGAGGCGCGGAUGGCCGAACUCGACCGCGAGGCCUCGGAGCAUGCGAAGUUGGCUCAGGACGCACAAACGUCGCUUCAGGCACUCGAAGAAGAAGAGGCCGCCCUCAGAUCUGAGGCAGAGGACUUGGAGAGCCGCUGUGCAUGGUUCACGGAGUUGGACCGCUUUAUCGAAACGGUCGCGGCAUUUCUCGAUGCCAAAAUGCCGCUUCUGGAAACGCUGGAACACAAUGCCAUGGCACUUCUCACAGACCGUACGGUGACCCGCCAACGUGCACGCAUGCAGGCCCUGGAAGAUGAUAUUGCACUUGUCUAUGGCGUUUCGCCCACUUCGCUCUGGGUUCCCCGUACAGACGCCGAACGGCGUCUGCGCUUGGUCGACGCCGACGGUGCAUGGAAUAGCCCUGUACGGCAAGCGCGCGCCGGUGUUUCCGUUCCGGCCGACAAGAGUGAGCAGUGGCUCGGUGCAGAAGAGCAGGGAUCGUUUGCCGCGGCCAGAGAGGAGCUGUAUACCCAGCACGCCCAUAUCAUGGCGGAUGUUCAAGCUCCCGAGUUUCAAGACCCGGCAGCCAAUACCCCUGGCGCCCUGGUACAACGAUUUGACGAGUGGCGCUCGCGCUUUCCUAAAGAGUACGACCUGGCCUGGGGCGGCCUGGCCCUGGCCAAUGCAUGGGACUUUUGGGCACGUUAUGAGUUGUCCCUCUGGGAUCCCGGCUGGUGCAUGACGACAGAACCGCAGGCUGUGGUCCUCAAAAACGCACCGAGUGGACUCGAUGGGUUCGCCUGGGAGGCUGGCCUCUCUGCCUAUGUGGAUCGUGCAGCAGCGGCGCGGGGCGGUGACGAUGAGGCACUAGCCACCCUGGUAUCAAGUUCUGUGGUGCCACGCCUCAUGACACUGGCCGAAAUGGGUGCAUAUGACCCUUUCAGCGCCGAAGAGACGCAAGCAGUGCUGGGCCUGUGCGAGCAGGUGUCAUAUCUGCUGGACCCGCAGCAGCAGCGCUUCCAGUCGCUAAUUCAGGCGUACAUGAACGUCUUUGCCAGCCAUGUUCAGGCGCUCAGCAGCGUGCUCCGCACGCCACCAACGAUCGCGGGUGCGCCCAUGCAUCCCGAUGUGCCUUUGGCGCGCCAGCGGAUCGCCGCCGUCCUGAGUGGCUUAGCCGGGAACUUGCUGCGCUGGGCCGUGUACUAUGUGGGUGCGCAUGCCCUGCCGUGGAGUGCCACCGAGAGCGGUGCGUACGAAGCGCUCGCCGAGGAUCUCCUCUCGCUCGUGCAGGUCGAGCUAGAGCACAUGCAUGCAUGGGGUGGCGCUGCUGAGUUGGCUCGACCGCUCCUCGCGCUGUGGCCCGGCGCCGUAGCGCCGAAUGUGCGCCAUAGUAUGUCGGCCCUAGUCUAA